UAAAACGCCACAUGCCCAGUUAUUAGAGCUUAGCUAUCUUGUUUGCUUUGUAUACUAUAUACCAGGAAUACUCUGGUGCAUUCGAUCUAACAGUCUGAUGAAAGAACAACAACAACAAAGUACUGUAAUGAUGAAAGGAAUGGCAACGAAGAUGGCAACUUGGAAAGUUUUGUUCUGGUGCAUUUUUAUCAUUGAUCUAUUCUGUUGCAAUGGAGAAAAAAAGUGUCCUCAGUUAAAAAAUCCAGCCAAUGGCUUGGUUUCUGUUAAUAACAGCAAGGUUUUAAGUGAUUGGUCAUCGGGUGCCAUCGCAAAAUAUUACUGUGAAGAGGAAUUUAUGCUAAUUCCGAAUGUUCCUGUUCGAUCCUGUUUUCAAGGAAAAUGGUCUGGACAAACACCCAAAUGUGUGUCACAUACUCGUAUGUGUCGGCCUCCUGAACAAAUCAAUGCUGGAUCAUUCUAUCCUGUUCAACUUUAUUAUUCUGUUGGAAGUUUGGUGACUUAUCGCUGUAAUGUCGUUCAAGAUGGAACCAAAGUUACGACUGCCACAGUUUGCAUGGACAACUUGAAAUGGUCAAAUAAACCGCCUGUUUGUUUUAUCGAAUCAACCUUGCCAGUCUUAAAUUUCUGUUCAAAACCUCCAGCUUUGGAAAACGGAGAAAUAUUUUGCUGUCUUCCCAAUGCAGAAUCCACAGGUCGAUGCUGCCCAACAGGCAGUUCCGUCCAAUUUUCAUGCGAUAUUGGUUAUAAGUUGGUUAGCAAUAAACCAGAGUGGACAUGUAAUGCAAUCGGUCAUUGGAAUGAAGACGUAACAACAUAUUCAAAUUUUCCUAGAUGCGUUACUGAUGAAUUUACCUCACCGCCCAAAUUAAAUGUUGUUUCAUAUAAUGAUGAAAUGGUUCAUACUGUACUUGGAGUAUCUGCAGGAGUACUCUGCUUGUUGCUGAUUGUUAUAACUUUGGCAUUUUGCCGGCCACGCUUGAAAAACAUCAAGUUUAGAUCACAUGAUAUGAGAGAGGAUCAGAAUGCCUUGCUAAUAAAUGGCCAAAGAAUAUCUUUACCAACCUAUGCAGAGGCAACCACAUGUCAGCAGAUAGUAUGUGGCCAACAAGAAAAUAUAGAAAUUUUAAAUUCACUUUCUCCACCAUCCAUGGACAAUAUUGAAAGUACACAACCUGAAGCAAAUAAUGGAAGUAGUGAAGCUGCGUCUACAGCAGUGUACAAUACUGACAAUCAAAUUCAAAACCUGAGCCUUUCAGACAUUGAUUCAGAAAAUGGUCACCAAGCGAAUCAUUCUGUCGGUGAAACGCUUCAAUCUAGAGAUGCUGUGCAAAAUAUGUAUUUAGCAGAAGUCAAUACAUGUCAAUGUAGAGACAAUUACGAAUCUGAUCAUGAACCGCUGUUACUAACUACGUGUAAUCAACACAGCAGCAUGUUUAACUACCAUCAGUCAUGUGAGGCAAAUGUUAUUGUGCAUGGAAUUAUAAACCAUUCAAAAGAACCAGAGUUAAAUGAGAAUGAUGAAUAUCAAAUUUCACAGCAAUCUGACUUCCCAAGCUCAAAUAUUGAUAACUUCAACAUUAAUAUUGAUUCUGCUGGUGAUACCUCUUUCGUGGAACAUAAUGAACACUUUCUAACAGAUUCUACUACUGUAUAGUGUUGCGGUCGUUUGUACUUUUUUGUCGAAUUUAUUUACUAGAAAUCAAUUCAUGUUUAAUAGGCUCAUAUUUAUAAUGAACUUUAAUUGAAAUAUUGCGCAGUUAUUUUGAGAUUUUAAACUGCAUUUAUUUAAACUGAUAGUGUUAUUAUUUAUAUAAAUGAGAUGGCAUUUUACAUCACCCAAUUGCUUACAUAACAUACUUUUCUCAUCCAUUGGAAAAUAUGAUAUGUAUAAUACAAACUGAAGAUUUAGCUCAGUUGAUAAAAAAUAAACAAUGCUAAAUGUAAACUA